CUGUCACAGCCACCUCAGCUCUCGUUGAGAACGCAACCACCGCUAUACUCGAUCCCUAGCUAUAUAACUCGCCUCUCGAUCGCCGAUCUCAGUGAUUUACCGAUCUCGAUCAGUGCCGGAAACUAAAACGUAAUCACAAACACACACACAUCAAAAAUGGCCGCCAACUAUAAGAGCUGCCCGCUUAAGAAGCGCCCCAUUGUCUUCGUGGAGGAGCGUCUGCCACAAACGGAGGCCUUGGCCCUGACCAAGGACUCGCAGUUUGCCCAGGAUCAGCCGCAGGAUCUAUCCCUGAAACGGGGCCGCGAGGAGGAGACCCAGGAUUAUCAGCAGCCGGAGCCGAAACGUGACUAUGUGCUGAACCUCUCAAAAACACCGGAGAGGAUCUCCAGCUCUAGCUCCAACUCCUGCCUGCUGUCGCCGCCAGUGGAGGCCCAGGAUUACCUGCCCACCGAAAUCCAUAUGCGAGGACUAACUUCGGGAACAACGGGUUAUACCACCGCCACUCCCACCACGAUUAAUCCCUUCCAGUCCGCCUUUGUGAUGGCCGCCGGCUGCAAUCCGAUCUCCGCCCUGUGGAGCAGCUAUCAGCCCCAUCUGGCCGCCUUCCCCUCGCCAGCCAGCUCGAUGGCCUCGCCCCAGUCAGUCUACAGCUACCAGCAGAUGACGCCGCCCUCCAGCCCGGGAUCCGAUCUGGAAACCGGUUCCGAGCCGGAGGAUCUGUCAGUGCGCAAUGACAUCCCACUGCCGGCUCUGUUCCACCUCUUCGACGAGGCCAAGUCCAGCAGCAGCGGUGCCAGUGUGAGCAGUUCAUCGGGAUACUCGUACACUCCGGCCAUGAGUGCCUCUUCGGCGAGUGUCGCCGCCAAUCAUGCCAAGAACUACCGCUUCAAGUGCGACGAGUGCCAGAAGAUGUACUCCACCUCGAUGGGCCUGUCCAAGCACCGGCAGUUCCACUGCCCGGCUGCCGAGUGUAAUCAGGAGAAGAAGACGCACUCCUGCGAGGAGUGUGGCAAGCUGUACACCACCAUUGGAGCCCUCAAGAUGCACAUCCGCACCCACACUCUGCCCUGCAAGUGCCCCAUCUGCGGCAAGGCCUUCUCCCGACCCUGGCUGCUCCAGGGACACAUCCGCACCCAUACGGGAGAGAAGCCCUUCCAGUGCCCCGACUGUCCACGAUCCUUUGCCGACCGCUCGAACCUGCGAGCCCAUCAGCAGACCCACGUGGACGUCAAGAAGUAUGCCUGCCAGGUGUGCCACAAAUCCUUUUCCAGGAUGUCGCUCCUGAACAAGCACUCCAGCUCCAACUGCACCAUCACUAUUGCGUAGGAUUCUCAGCAUAGGAAUCCCACAGCAGGACCAAAAUGACCUUAGCAAACUCACAUUCCGCUGGCGAAGACCAAACAAACAGACAAUAACUAAUAUAAGAUUGUACUAAGUCGAUUCGGUUUUGGUGCUACUAUUAUUAUAUUUAUUUCAGCCAUAGUAUUCUUAGUUUAAGUUCAUGUAUAUUGCCUCAUUGUCACGCAGCAUUUUACCAAAUUUAUUCAUUUAAUUAUUAUGUAUCGUAAUUUAUGUAUUCUCAUUACUGUUAGGCCAACUGUUGUUAAGAUUAUUCCGAGUAUAAAGAGAAAAAUUGAAUAUUUUUAUUAAAAUAAAACACACUAAACGAAA